AUGGAAUCCCCGUUUGACUCUCGGGAUCAAUCUGAGACCGAGAUCCAAGAAAGCUGUGCUGCGGAUGACCCAACAGCUUCCUCCGGAGUCCAUUCUGAUGACUCUCAAACGUCCCAAGAGGAUACCAUUCCCGCGCACCUAGUUGAAAAGGAAGAGUCUAUCCUCAGAGCGUGCGAUCUGCGCGACUUUGACGCCUUGGUUGGCUAUGCGACUUCCGAGGGGGGUUUUCUACGCGAUGAUAUCAGACAAAAGGCUUGCUCUGAAGGUGAACUGUCGUCAAAAAAGGACGAGCUGGGACGACUGAUAACGCAAGUCCUACGACACUUUCCCAUGCUUUGUUAUUUCCAAGGGUACCAUGAUAUUGUGCAGGUAUUGCUCUUGGUUCUCGGUGGUGAGAAAGCAGCUCCAGCUGUUGCCCGCAUUUCGCUCUUUCGUAUAAGGGACUAUAUGUUACCAUCUCUCACACCGACGUUGAAGCACCUGCAGCUUAUACCUGCCAUCAUUGAGAGAUCCGAUCCGACGUUGCGGCAACACCUGGCUGGAAUCAGACCAUUUUUUGCACUCGCCGCAACCUUGACAUUGUACGCCCAUGAUAUCCAAGAGUACAGCAACAUUGCUCGACUGUUCGACUUCUUGCUGGCGUGGGAGCCUGUGGUGUCGAUCUACCUUUUCGCUGCUAUCAUUCUGUCUCGCAAGAAAGAACUUCUUGAGAUACCGGUUGAUGAGCCUGAAAUGUUGCACUUUACUCUUUCGAAGCUACCGUAUCCUCUCGACCUAGAAGGCCUCAUCUCCCGUGCUGUCCAACUGUUUAAGGACCAUCCUCCGGAGUCCUUGCCGAAUGGAGCUUGGAAGAAGAUUCCUGGAUGCAGCGUCCUCAAAACCUCGCGAGACCUUAUUGCGAAACAGUCGACGGAAGACGCAUUGAAGCUAUUUGAUCAACAAACACGGUACUUGCGCAAUGAAGAGUUCAAGGAGAAGGCCAUCGGGUUCCUGUGGAGUCACAGAAGAACGAUUGGAUCUGUGGCUGUUGCCUUCUUUAUUGGUGCCAUGUCCAUCUGGAUACGGAAGAAGGGACUUGACGGCACUAUAUGGUCGUAUUUGAAUCGAUUCAAGAGCGCAUUCCAAGCUCGUGGAGGAUUGUGA